AUGGAUUACUGUCCCAGCUUAGUGACAGUCGUUCACGCUACCGGUAGUAAAGAGCUACAUCUUGCCCACUUUUCCGUCAAAGAGUACCUUCUCGGUGAGAAUCAAUUCAAGAUGACGAUUGCCAGUGUUUCCAUCACGAGGACGUGCUUGACUUAUCUUACGGACAUCGCUGGUAGCAACAGAGAGAUCAAGCGGGAUUUUCCGAUGGCAAGGUGCGCGGCGGAACUUUUGACAGACCAUGCUUCGUUGGCUCAGGCUUCCGAAGAUAUAGUUCGAGUGAUAGUCAGGUUCCUAGAAAAGGAAGCAACAUUCCAACGAUGGGCUCGUUUGUAUCAGGCUGAUAGGAGUUGGGACUAUGACCCUGGUCCUCCGCGAGGUUCCAGGCUCUACUAUGCUUGCCUUGUUGGGCUCGUAGAGCCAGCACGAGAUCUUAUUGGCAAGGGAGCAGAUGUCAAUGCGCAGGGCGGCGAGUACAGCAACGCUCUCCAGGCCGCCUCAGCGACAGGCCGUAAAGAGAUUGUCAAACUUCUUUUAGACAAAGGAGCGGAUGUCAAUACGCAGGGCGGCAAGUACAGCAACGCUCUCCAGCUCGCCUCAGCAAAAGGCCACCAAGAGAUUAUCAAACUUCUUUUAGAUAAAGGAGCGGAUAUCAACGCGCGGGGUGGCCUCUACGGCGACGCUCUCCAGCUCGCCUUAGCGAGAGGCCAUCAAGGGAUUGUCAAACUUCUUUUAAACAAAGGAGCGAAUAUCAACGCGGGUGGCUGCUACGGCGACGCUCUGUCCACUUUUGCCUGGCUUCAGGCCUCACCAACCAACCUAUUGCUUCGCAGAUUCUAG